GCGUGGGUUUGGUUUGUCCAGGUUCAGUUGCAAUCGGAUUAAUCUGAAUUGCAGACGGGUUUUGAGCGAGAAGGAGACAACAUUUGGGUCUUUUUCGAGGCCAAAGCCAUGGCCAGAGCCGUCUUCCUUCCCUGCGUGGCCUUCCUCCUCUGCAUUGCCUGCCUUGAAGCCAUCCAAAAGACUCCCAAUGUGCAAGUGUAUUCCCGCUACCCUGCAGUGAAGGGGAAGGAGAACACUGUCCAUUGCUAUGUGGAGAAUUUUCAUCCUCCCAAAAUCAAUAUCACUCUUCUGAAGGAUGGUGCCCCGAUGACGGACGUGAAGCAGUCUGACCUUUCCUUUAAGCCGGACUGGACCUUUGAGCGCCUGGUCCAUGCUCAAGUCACUCCUGAUGGGUAUACGGAGUAUGCCUGCAAAGUGGAGCACAUCACCCUGCCCACUCCAAAGAUCGUCAAAUGGGAGCAAGACUACUAAGGAAAUGAUCCAAGAAGUAAGGUUUGAAAAGCUUUGCUUUCAAGCACGCUGCCCACCCGUUCCUCCUUGCAUCGACAUGCUACUAAUGUCUCCGCCUUUCCAGUCGAUCCUCUAUUAGACGACACUGAAGAUUGCAUUGAAACUUGCGCUAUCAUGGCUUGAUUGUAACCUUCAUAUAUUUAAAAUUUGAGCUUUUUUUUAAAAAAAAUGUGAUUUUCUGUUCAUUUGCCUAAAUUGCUAUCAUGAAAGUUCGCUUCCUUUUCUGGCAGAAAUAUAUAAGGAAAGAAUUCAAGAGAUAUGUAUUACAGAUUGGUGACGGAUUGUUUUUUGUUUGGUAUAUCUGAAAAGCAAAAUGAUUGGAAUAACCUAAUAAAGGACAAUUACUAACCUUUUA